GAGGUCACCACCGUGGUCUGCGUCUCCCGUCACCGCUACUCCAAGUACGGGGGGGUUCACUUGGCUCUGCUGCAGCCAGGGAAUUACUCGGCCAAGGUCCGGGCCACCUCGCUGGCCGCCGAGGAGGAGUCGGGCAGCUUCUACGUCCUGCUCACCGUCACUCCCGUGGUCCUCAUGGUGCUCAUCUCCUGCCUCGCCGUCUUCGUCUUCUUCUACAACAAGAAGAGGAGCAACGAUGGGUACCCCAGUGGGACGCUCUACACCUCCGUUAACCCCGAGUACUUCAGUGCCUCGGCUGUGUACAUCCCUGACGAGUGGGAGGUGUCGCGGGAGAAGAUCACGGUGAUCCGGGAGCUGGGGCAGGGCUCCUUCGGGAUGGUGUACGAGGGGCUGGCGCUGGGGCUGACGGCCGAGGGCGAGGAGACCAAGGUGGCCCUGAAGACGGUCAACGAGUUGGCCACCAUGCGGGAGCGCAUCGAGUUCCUCAACGAGGCCUCCGUCAUGAAAGCCUUCAAGUGCCACCACGUGGUCCGUCUGCUCGGUGUCGUGUCCCAGGGCCAGCCAGCGUUGGUCAUCAUGGAGCUGAUGACCCGCGGAGACCUGAAGAGCUACCUGCGCUCGCUCAGGCCUGACGCCGAGAACAACCCCGGGCUGCCGCCGCCGUCGCUGAAGGACAUGAUCCAGAUGGCGGGGGAGAUCGCCGAUGGCAUGGCCUACCUCAACGCCAACAAGUUCGUGCACCGCGAUCUGGCCGCCCGCAACUGCAUGGUGUCCGAGGACUUCACCGUCAAGAUCGGAGAUUUUGGCAUGACCCGCGACAUCUACGAGACGGAUUAUUAUCGGAAAGGUGGGAAGGGGCUGCUCCCUGUCCGUUGGAUGUCCCCCGAAGCCCUCAAAGAUGGCAUCUUCAACACGCAGUCCGAUGUGUGGUCCUUUGGCGUGGUGCUGUGGGAGAUCGCCACCUUGGCCGAGCAGCCCUACCAGGGCAUGUCCAACGAGCAGGUCCUGCGCUUCGUCAUGGACAACGGCGUCCUGGAGCGCCCCGAAAACUGCCCCGACGAGCU